CCCUUUCUCCGGCAUACUCGACUCUCUCAUUGUCGCAGCCAUGUCGAGCAGCGCUGUCCAGGGCGUUCUCAGAAGACUCGAGCAUUUCAUCCCCACGAGUGCCAUCCUUAAGGCUCUCGUACCCCAGACUCUGAAAGGUCUAUUCUGGGUUCUGAUACUGGUGAAUAUCCGAGCCUUCCCCUUGUCAUGGCAUUUCCGAGUAUUCCGGCCAGUAUUUGCGUUGCGCCUCCGUUACCUCUGGAUGCGAGUCAAGUUGAGGUUAUCUCUGAAGCCGAGCAAGGUCAGGAAGCUGGAGAUGGACAACUGGUAUGGAUCCUUGGCACCUGUAGGCGCCGACCCGUUCGACAUGACGAUAACGUAUAAUGCCUGGGCCGGCCCUGAAGAUUGCGAUUUCAACCUCCACCUUAGCAACUCAUGCUAUCCAAAGAUCUUGGACAGUGCUCGGUUCAAAGCUGCCCUGGCUAUGUUCCCCUCCCUCUUUCCCUGCGGGGGUUGGAUAGCACUAGCGGGAACACAUCAUAGUUUCAUCCGCGAAAUCCCUAUGUUCGCCAAGUAUGAAUUACGAAUGAACGUGGGCAGCUGGGACAACAAAUGGGUAUACAUUGUCGUCCGAUUUGUGACCCAUCCCAAAAACAAGGGCAAGGGGAGGAAGAGUCAGGGUCAGACCCCUCCGGCUGAAACAAACGGAUCCGUGCCUACCUCCCUCCCAUCCGUUCCACCCUUCCAUACCCCAGCCACGCCCAUUUCUAUCCCGGCUACCCCAGCCAACCCCGUGGUACCUGAUGCAAACCGCGCUGACUCGUCCUCCACCGUCAACGAGACCGUGCGCCAGCUCGCGAAGGCGCAGAUGGCCACCGAAGAACCGGAUGGCGCGACCCUGCACUGCGUCGCGGUGUCCCAGAUCGUCUUCAAGCACGGGCGGAUCACGAUCCCUCCCGCAAUCGUCCUGGCCAUGAACGGAUUCUGCGGGCCCAUUUCGGAGGGUGGCGCGCCCUCCUAUGCCGAUGUGGCGAAGGAGGACGCGUCGAAGCCCGCCCAGCCGCAGCGCUACUCCCCCGCGAACCCGCCGCCGUACUGGGCGCAGGUGAGCGAGCUCACUAAGUUGUCGAACCAGAAGGCACUCCGGGAGUUUCUGCGCGGCGGGUGGAAGACCGUGCCGGAGGGCGAGAGGUGGUGGGAAACCGCGUUGGACGGGGAGAUUGAGAAGAGGAGGCGGGAGCGGUUUGACGUUCUCAACUCGGUUAGGAUCGGGAUUGACGGGGCCAGGCACCUGCGGUGAGCACUGUCGUGGAGCCGCGCUGGUUCUUCUGCAUAGAGCAUAGAAUAUAGUAUUAGGUUUGAUAAUUUGUAUCCUUGCGAGAUUACUUGUGUCUAAUAUUAUUACAAGCACGGGGUUAUAUAUGGUCAACAGUGAGCCUCGCCUGUAUAUGACCUACAGCCUCGGACGCG